AUGAUGAUCAUGGAGGAGGACAGGAACACUGGUGAAUGGGAGCGUCACAGACUCUGCAUUGGAGAUAGCAGCAUAUGUCCUGGGGCAGACAUCUCUCCUCUCCGUGUGGUCUCAUUCGGACAAGACAGUGACCAGGAGAUCUACCUAGUGGCCAUUGAAAGGAAUCCAGGGGAUCCAAUUGCACCAGGUGUCCUCUACCAGAUCACUGACCCUACCCUGAGGAAUGGCCCUCAGGAAUGCAAUCAGAAGAACCUCAAGUUUAUUUAAGCAGAACUGUUAAAGACACUGCUUAAUUAAUUGGACAUUGUAUUGUUGACUAAAACAAUAGAUUUUUUGGUAAACUGUAGCUUCAUCCAUCCCUGCAGUUCUUAUGAAUGCAGCACCCAGUCCUACA